UCCAUGUUGGAAAAUCCCAACAUCCAUUAAACGAGAGAGAUGAAUAACGUAGGCGAAGACCCAAAUCAAAACCCUAAACCUAAUCAGACCAGAGGCUCAACAAAGGGAAGGUCCUGCAAGGGUUGCCUCUAUUACUCUUCUGUUCAGAAAUCCAAAUCCAAGUACCCAACUUGCGUUGGCUUCUAUAAAACUCUCAAUCAAGUCCCCAGCUAUAUUGUGGGAGAGACGGAGUUGGAAGCUUCAAAAGCCGAUCGUAGCCUUACGGAUUUUAAGUAUGGGUGCGUGGGUUACUCGGUGUUCUUAGACAGGAAAGAUUCAAGUGAUCCACAUAAUAAACAGGUGGAACUGCCAUUUUGUGUUGGUCUUGAGGUAUUAUAUGAUAAAAGACCGGCAGGUCAGGCUCAUCCUCCUACUCCUGCUCAUAACAGUGAAGACAAUGUUCGGCCUAUUCCUCAACCUCGAAGCUACAGACCACAUUCAAUAGGAGAUGAGUACCUGACCAGGUUUAAGAGGAAUGCCGGCCUAGUAGCAUCAGGUGUUGCUAGGAAUUUGAAUAGAGUAGGCAACCAUAUAAAACAGAGUGUGGAUAACAUCUUAUUUGGAAGGUCCAAGUAACAUUUCUGAUUCAGGAGUAAUACACAUUUCUACUCAAAUAUGCGAAAUCUAGUACCUGAAUUAGCAGUACCCCAGUUCUGUAAUUAAAUUGAUGUGUAUCUCUUUCUUGUAUCAAUAACUUUAUCAUCAAGCAAAGCUUUUUGCUUUUUGUCAACCUGUUGUAGCAGUACACAGUCAAAUAAAUGUGAUGAAGUUGAAAUCA